AACCACUUAUUGCCACUCUCAUAGUUGCAAACUUCUAGUACUUUGUUGGGACCAAAAACAGCCAGUGGCCAUUCACCAUUGAGUACUGUGUGUAAAGUGAAAAGAAAGAUCCAAAGCAGUCAACUUGGGCGGUGUUUUCCCCCAGCAAAAUAGUAUUUUCAAUGGAAAGAGUUUGUUGAUAUAUGUAUGACAUAUACGUGUGAAAUUAGUUGGAGUGCGAGUAAACUAAAUUGCUUAAACAUAUAACAUAACAAUUACUAUAACAUAGAAAAAAGGCUACUGUUUUUGAAGAUUUGUACUAGUACAAAGGAUACCCUUUUCUCUGUUUACUGAGACCAUGGAAAUUCCUGGGAAUAUUGGUUGGUGUAGUGAUACUAGUACCAUAGAAAAAACCAAGUGGGUCAUCUUUGAUUAUUGAGAUCCUACUAUCCCACUCCCACUUGCUCACCCUUUCCCAAACUGACCAGUGAAUCCACUUUUCACUUUAAUUGACGCAUUUAUUUCUACUACUACAACAAUUAUAGUCUUUCUUCUUUUUUGUCCAUUUUCUACAUCUUCAUUGCAUGUUUGGUACACUUCUCUUGGUUCUCUCUAGUUGUUUAUGGGAUAAAGGAACUAAUUUUUUGCAAGAUUGUAGGUUGGUGUUGUGUGUGCAGAGGAUUUUUAGGCUGAGUUCUUGGCUUUGUCUUCAAGAUUUGUGUAUUUGUUCAGCUCAUUGCAUUUUGGUACCCUUUUCUUGGUUUGCUCUUGUUGUUUGGGUGUUAAAGGAACUAUCUUUUUCAAGAUUGUAGAUUGAUCUUGUGUUUGCUGAGUUCUAUUAGGCUAGAUUCUUGAAUUAUCUUCAAGAUUGAGCCUUUGUGCUGCUCAUUGCAUUAUGGUACCCUUUUCUUGUUUUACUCUAGCUGUUUAGGUGAUGAGGGAGCAAUCUUUUUCAAGAUUGUAGAUUGGUUUUGUGUUUGCUGAGUACUUUUAGGCUGAGUUCUUGAAUUUUGUCUUCAAGAUUUGAGUCUUUUUGCUGCCAGGAGGGAAGUGACAACUGGGGUUUGUUGGAAGAGCUUAAACUCUGCAGUUCUUGUUAUUACUGGUCAUGAGACAAGUGAUCUGUAACUGUGAUUCGUGAUUGGAGUGCGACAAAGGAGUGUAUUGAAGAAUGAAACUGUCCAAUAUAGGUGGUUACUGACAGGGGCGGUCUCCCUAUAUGGACUUGGGUAAUCGUCCCCUCGCAAGCUAGCUUUGGGGUUGAGUUAGGCUCGAGAUCCAUUUCCGUGCUGAGAGGUUUUAUGGCCAGCUGUUUUGUUUCUUUAGUACUAUUGGGGUUUAGUGAAUACAACAAUGAAAAAUUUUCUCAAGAAACUUCAUAUUGGGACCAAUCAAUCGGAGGAUUCAGAAGGGUCAACAUCAUCCUCAAGGAGCAAGCGAUUGAGUGAUGUUCCAUCCCCUGAAAAGAACUCAAACUCCAGAAUUUCAGGAUGGUUAAAUUCAGUUACAAAUAGGCAUAGUCCUAGUCCCCCGUCUUCCUCAAAUGUGAGUAGAGGGAAUAGAAUGGAACAUUCUGAGUCUGUGAGUAUUGGUGGCACGGAUGCUGUUUUAGAUGCUGUACAGCGUGAUUCGGAGUCUAGCAACUCGAGGGAUCCUGGUGUAGAGGAAGAGUAUCAAAUUCAGUUGGCUCUUGAGUUGAGUGCUAAGGAAGACCCUGAGGCAGUUCAAAUUGAGGCUGUUAAGCAGAUCAGUUUAGGCUCUUCUGCUCCUGAGGAUGCUCCAGCAGAAGUUGUAGCAUAUCGAUAUUGGAAUUACAAUGCUCUAAGCUAUGAUGACAAGAUCCUGGAUGGAUUUUAUGAUCUGUAUGGUGUCCUCAUGGAGUCCAAUUCCUCGAAAAUGCCCUCUCUCAUUGAUCUGCAAAGAACGGAAGUAUCAAAUCAUAUCAGUUGGGAAGCCAUCCUUGUCAGUAAAGCUGCAGACUCCAAGUUGUUGAAACUUGAACAGAGAGCUCUUGAGAUUGCUGUUGAGGAGAGGUCAAAGCUCAUGGAUUUUUCAGCCAGCAGUCUGGUACAUAAACUUGCUGUGCUAGUUUCUGACCACAUGGGGGGCCCAGUUGUGGAUCCGGAAAGCAUGUUGCUUGCAUGGAGAAGUCUUAUUUAUAAUCUAAAAGCAACUCUCGGGAGUAUGGUUUUGCCUCUUGGUUCUUUGACCAUUGGUUUGGCUCGUCAUCGUGCAUUGCUAUUCAAGGUUUUAGCUGAUAGUGUGGGGAUCCCUUGCCGAUUAGUAAAAGGAAAGCAGUAUACAGGUUCAGAUGAUGUUGCAAUGAACUAUGUAAAGAUCGAUGGAAGGGAGUAUAUUGUCGAUUUGAUGGCAGCCCCUGGCACACUUAUUCCAUCCGACACAUCUGGAGUGCAUGGAGACUAUGAAGAAUCUAUUCUCUCUGUCAGUCCAUCUUCCAAAGAUGUUGAUUCUCAUCCGGGUUCUUUUAGUAGUGGGAUUGUUUCUUCGUUGGAAGACCAUUCAGACUAUGGAACUGCAGACAAGAGAUCCAGGUUUGCAGCAGGGACUAUUACAGGAAACGAGUCUCCCUUUUCUAGUAAUUCAGAACAGCAGGUAAAAGCGGAGAAAGAAUGUUAUAAUACCUUCCAUGAUUUGACAAAGGCUCUCAGUUCGAAGGAGCAAGGACAGGAAACUUCUUCAAGAGCUGGGCAUGCAAGAUCUGCUUUUACACAUGCAAGAUCUCCUUCCUGGACAGAAGGUGUUAGCUCCCCAGCUGUACGCAGAAUGAAAGUAAAAGAUGCUUCACAAUACAUGAUUGAUGCUGCCAAAGAAAAUCCACAGCUGGCUCAGAAACUUCACAAUGUUUUACUUGAGAGUGGAGUUGUAGCACCCCCAAACCUUUUCGCUGAGAUCUAUCCGGAACAAAUGUCUCAUGUUGAGGGAAAAUCCAGGUCAGGGGAAAGAGAUGAGUUCCACAAAAUCAAGGCUCAAUCUGAUAUGAAUCGAGCUCGCUUCUUACCUCCUCUGCCUUCUCACGGUCCAUACGCUAAGGGCAAUGCACGUGGAUCAUUGGAAUCUCAGCCAGAUGUGAGAGAAGUUAGUGAACAGCAAGUUUCUGGAAAGUCUGAAGUAUCUUCACCGAAACAUAUGAAAAAAAUGCCUGUUGCUGCUGCUGCAGCAGCAGCGGCAGCUGCUGUUGCCUCUUCGAUGGUUGUCGCUGCAGCCAAGACUAAAUCUAAUGCAGACCUCCCUGUAGCUGCUGCUGCAACAGCCACAGCUGCAGCUACAGCCACAGCUGCAGUAGUGGUAGCAACAACUGGAGCCGUCAAUAAGCAAUAUGAGGCACAAGGAGACUGUGAAAGAGUUGAUGGAGAUGCAGAUACUGCUGUUUAUGAGCAACAGGGAAGUGGCCAUCAAGAGCAUGAGGCAGCAGGAGCAAAUUCAGAAGGUGAAAGAAUAUCAGAUAGGUCAACCGGUAAUGAUAGUGCGAAAUCGGAUGUGACACUUGAUGAUGUAGCAGAUUGUGAGAUUCCAUGGGAAGACAUCGCUUUGGGUGAGCGUAUCGGACUUGGAUCUUAUGGAGAGGUUUAUCGUGGAGAGUGGCAUGGAACUGAAGUUGCUGUAAAGAAGUUCCUGGAUCAAGAUAUAACUGGCGAAUCCCUUGAAGAGUUUAGAAGUGAGGUGCGGAUCAUGAGAAGGCUCAGGCAUCCAAAUGUUGUUCUAUUCAUGGGAGCUGUUACUCGUUCUCCACAUCUUUCAAUUGUUACUGAGUUUCUUCAUAGAGGUAGUUUGUACAGAUUACUCCAUCGACCCAACAAUCAGUUAGAUGAGCGCAGAAGAUUGAGGAUGGCUCUUGAUGCUGCUCGAGGGAUGAACUAUCUACAUAACUGCACUCCAAUAAUAGUUCAUCGAGAUUUGAAGUCUCCAAAUCUCCUAGUAGAUAAGAAUUGGGUUGUGAAGGUAUGUGAUUUUGGACUAUCAAGAAUGAAGCACAGUACAUUUCUUUCUUCCAGGUCCACUGCUGGGACGGCAGAGUGGAUGGCCCCAGAAGUGCUGAGAAAUGAACCUUCAAAUGAGAAAUGUGAUGUAUAUAGCUUCGGUGUCAUACUAUGGGAGCUCUGUACUUUACAGCAACCAUGGGGAGGAAUGAACCCGAUGCAAGUCGUUGGUGCUGUAGGAUUUCAGCAUCGCCGUCUUGACAUACCAGAGGACAUGGAUCCGGCUAUUGCAGACAUUAUCAGGAAAUGCUGGCAAACAGAUCCAAAAUUGCGGCCUUCAUUUGCUGAGAUAAUGGCUGCUUUGAAACCACUACAAAAGCCUAUUACUAGUUCACACGCACCAAAACCACCGGCUGGUAGAGGUCCGGUAAAGGGCCAGCCAUCACGCAACUUAGAGGAUCCAACUGCGGAGCAGGGUUAGUAGUGGAGAACGUAAAUAGACAAGUAUUUUUCAUUGGAAAAACAGAUCCAAGUUUGAGCACUAGAAGCUAAUGGAAGACAUCAAAAGAACCUUACAAAUCACAUGUACAUCAUAUUUAAGCCAAUUGUAAUUCGUUUGUUUCACCCUUUUAGUAAUUUUGGCAGUGUUUCCUCCGGUCCUCAGAAUUGUCUAUCAGCUCUUGUGUAUUCAUGUUGAUUCUCUCUUUUGUAAUUUGAAAAAAGGAAAAAGAAAAAAGAAAGUGUUGCUUAAAAGAAGCUCCAUCACUUUUCUUCAA